AGCGGAUUAGAAUAAAAACAUUAGACAAUUUAAAAAAAAUGUAAUCGCAGUACAGGUUUUGUAGAACAUAAUAGUAUAUUUUAUAAGCGUGUACCCAAUAUAGUAGUGUAAUACCUAAUAUAAAGAGGUUUUUUUUUUUUUGGAAAAAUGAACACGUACUUCAUUUUUUUACUUUUAAUCCUAUAUUCGAAAGUUUACAGCGAAGAACUAAUAUCAUUAGCGGCUAAAUUGGACCGAGAGGACAUCGUCAAAAUCUUAAAUGACAAAGAAGUAAAAUGGCGUCAAGUUUUAAAUCAAAGUAUUUUAUACAGCGAUAAAUAUCAUGCUCUACAAGUUUACAUUGAGAACAAUGACCAUACUACCGGUAAAAUAGACGAAUUUAAUGUCCUCGGCGUUCUACAGAAAUUCGACGAAGAUAAUGAUUGGGAUAAGAAGAUAAGUAUCGAUGAUAUACGUGGCCUAAUUCAAGACGCUACCAAAUGUGCCGGUUUGACGAAUACUAACUUGUUUGCAAUGUUAAUACUCAACGACUUUCUACCAUUCUUGCAUGUUUUGAUCGACAGAAAUAAACCGUUCACAAUAAAUGAUUUUUUCGGUCUAACUCUAGAUGAAAAAGAUGCGUCUGAGGAAAAAAUCAACGAGGGCUGUGAUCACGACCCUGAAAUUCUGAGUUUACUGCCUAAAUUGGACAAACAUAAAGAAAAUUGUGAAACUUCAGAAGCUAAAAAUAUGGGGAAAAACACAAUAAUCCGCUCAAAAGUCUACGAUAAAUAUCAUAAUAUGAAUUUCAGUAUAAUAACAGAACAGGGUAGUAUUAAAUUAAAUGGAAUGGGCAAGUUACUCGAAAAUAAAUUGGAAAUUAAUUCUACAUGGAAAAGAAUACUACGCAAUAGAACUUCCCUAGAUAUUAGUUACCGUAUUAAUCAAAUGGAAUUUAAUUCAGCAUUUAAUCCUCGUGGGACGGUCAACCCCGUUGUCGUCAAUUUGUACGAGAUUAUACUUGUUCUUAUUUUUACAAUACAAAUCACUGACGCAAAAUUGGAGAAAACUUGCGUGACUCAUGGUGGCUGUUUUGUAAAAAAAUACAAAUCCUUGACUGAAGAACUCGGUUAUGAAUUCGACCAGUUUAUCGAGGAUUUAAAUGAAAAUAAAAUGACUGAUUCUAAACGGAACUUGUAUACCAAUUUGUUGGCACAGAUGGCCGAUACAUUAAAUAACAUUGUUAAGAAAUGUGAUAAACUAGCUGACGUUAGUCCUUGCACCCCAUUUUUCAUACAACAAGCUAGUUUUGAAGACAUAAAUACCACAGUUUGUUUGGACAUUACGCAUGACAAAGAAGCAGAAGAUUAUAGAGGACAAUCGCUUCAAAAUGAUUACUAUAAUUUUUUGAAAAAAUUGCCCAUGGGAUACACAAUUCCCCAACUAAGCACAACUGAAGAUAUGGCUGGGACCGUUGAAGUCAUAAAAAAAAACACAGUGUGUGGAAUUCAAACGAUAUGCCUUUCGAUAAUGCGCAUCACGGCGGCAAAGAACACGUCCGUCAUCGAUGCACAUACUUUGAGAACUAGGAUUUCUUCGUUUCACAAAAUUCCUCGCAUCAUGAUGGUGAUACUUUACAACAUCAACGCCGUUUAUGCCGACCAUGUCCUUUAUCCGAUAUGGAUGUUUUAUUUGUACGUUCAUGGCAUUUUCUCCUAUUGGAAUCACUUCGACAGCGUACAAAUGUCUAAAGUACACGAAAUGAUAACCGAACAACUGCUAACGUCUAUGGAAGGCUGUCCGGGCCACAACGAAUUCGACGUGACUGAUCAGGAAUCCCGUUUAUAUUCCGAUUACCGUGAUUUUUUAAACCCGACCACUUCUUCCAAAUCUAGCAUGUUUUCGAACAUGCACGGACACCUAAGCCAACACUUCGAUGUGAUUCGUCAGACCCUGAUUGAGGCCACUGGAGAAAACUACUGUAUAUUCGACAUCAAAAACUUGUUCUUCAACACCGAUGCAUUUCUAUGGGUUGACGAUGAAAUGUGGGAAUAUCGACAGUUGUACGGCAAAAACAUUCGAUGGGGUGACGCGGGUUCUAAGUUUUUAUACGCUUUCAUGCAGGCCAAAAAGCCUACCAUCCUGUAUGAUGGAUUGCAAGGCAUAAAAAACUUUCACCAAGUAUACAUGACCCAAAUUAAAAUGGUCAAGUUGCGAUUGUUAUGGACUCACUUGUUGUUGGUCACCGAAGAAAACCGAACGGAAGUGAACGCUAAAAUGUACGAGACGGCAAACUCUUUCGCCAUGGUAACCGGUUUGAAAGACGACAAGGCCUUUGUCGCAACUAUCGAUUUCUUAAACGUCGAAAAUCCUUCGCCAGAAGAUUACCAGUCAGCCAUCGAAGAUAUUAGAACACAACUGAUUCACAGCUGUUUGUUGUUUAUAGGCUGCGACGCCACGAAUGCCGUCGGUGAAAACGUUUCUGAGACUUUUGACGAAGUAAGCAUGUUUAUUAAUAAGUACUCCGCUAGGAGAACGAAAGAAGUGGAGUAUAAAGACGAAGCGAAAAAGCCACUGAUCGAUCCCAGUGAUGUACAGAAAAAUCUCAAGUUAGCUGUACUGUUCUUAAAACAUGUCGAAUGUUUACUGAAUGAUGUCGACAUGGACUUCGUAAAAUCGGUUUUAGCGUUGGCUUAUACAAUUCCAAUGGAUUUCUGA